CCCUCCCUCCCAAAAAUAGGCUGCCGCAGCAGAUUGAAUUGAACCCAGAUCUCUGAUCUCUCUCUAUUUAUUCUAGACGGCCCACCUUCUCACCGGGAAACUUCCCCACUCUGGAAAUUCCCCUUUAAUUCCCCGCAAAAAUACCCCACAAGAAGGAGCUGAUGAUGGAUUCGGUCGGACGGGAAGUGGUUCUGAUCACCGGCUGCUCACAAGGAGGCAUCGGCCACGCCCUGGCUCGAGAGUUCGCCGCCAACGACUGCCGGGUCGUGGCCACCAGCCGGUCGAAGAGCACGAUGCGGGACCUGGAGCAGGACCCGAGAUUCUAUCUCCAGGAACUGGACGUCUCGUCGGCGGAAAGCGUCGAACGGGUGGUUUCGGACGUCGUCGGGAAGUAUGGGAAAGUGGACAUUCUUGUCAACAACGCCGGCGUUCAGUGCGUCGGCCCUCUUGCUGAGAUCCCCCUCUCUGCUGUGCAGAGCACUUUCGACACCAACGUAUUCGCAAACUUAAGCUCCUUCUAUGUAGGCACAAUGAGGAUGGUUCAAGCCGUCACUCCACACAUGGCUUCCCGGAGAAAGGGGAAAAUUGUCAACCUGGGAAGCGUUACAGUGAUGGGUCCCACCGCUUGGGCCGGCACAUAUACCGCAUCUAAAGCAGCAAUUCAUGCACUGACUGACACAUUGAGGCUGGAACUUAAGCCGCUGGGAAUCGACGUGAUCAAUGUCGUUCCAGGAGCCAUCAGAUCAAACAUCGGGAACUCCGCGUCAGCUAACUACAACAAGAUGCCCGAGUGGCAACUGUACAAACCAUUCGAGGCUGCGAUCAGGCAGAGGGCAUUCCUCUCCCAAAGCCUCAAAUCCACCCCUGCAGAAAAGUUCGCGAAAGAUACAGUAGCUGCCAUACUCAGAAAGGAUCCACCAGCAUGGUUCUCGUCGGGUCGUUACUCGACCAUUAUGGCCAUCAUGCACCAUCUCCCGCUUCGUAUCAGAGAUGCUAUCAUCAACCGAAUUUCACCUAUCAACAGCAGCACUACCUGAUAUUGAUGCCUCUCUACUGUGUAACCAUAUUCACUUGCCUGUUUGUUUGACUCCUGUACUAAACUAAUAAUCCUUCAAAAGAUUUGCAGUAAUAACACAUCUCUUCACACUUUGAGAAUCUAAUUUGCCACAUACUUCCAUCCUCCCAAUUCAGUUCAUCCUUUUCCUAUUAACAAACUGAUCUAACUAUGAUUGAGAACCGAAAAUUUAAAACUUAACCAGCAACCCUUACACUUGACAAAUGACUGAAAUACUCUUCAUACAAUAAGCAAAACUCAUUUGAUCCUAACUAUAAAUUCACAAACGCAAUUUGACCCCCACCUAUUUGCUACAAACCCAUGAGCUCACAUCAGCUCGAUUCAUUUGCCACCUCCACUUUGAAUCA